GGCAGGCAGCGGCUCGGCUCUCAGACUGAGGCAGACAAAGGCGAGGGGAGAGACGGCGUGCCGCUAUCCUGCAGCAUCGACGCACACGCACCCUCCCCGACGCGCACUCCCUUCACUCCGCAAGCAGCGACGCAGACUCUCCGGAGCUGGUCACCACCACCACCACACAUCUUCCACAACCAUCACAACUUUCUGUCAUCAUGGAGCUAGACUUUGGACACUUUGACGAGCGAGACAAGGCAGCCCGUACUCCUAGGGGUGGACGCAUGAAUGGACUUCCCAGCCCUACCCACAGUGCCCACUGCAGCUUCUACCGCACGCGCACUCUGCAGGCCCUCACCAAUGAGAAGAAGGCCAAAAAGGUGCGCUUCUACCGCAAUGGAGACCGCUACUUUAAGGGCAUCGUGUACGCCGUGGCCAACGACCGAUUUCGCACCUUUGACUCUCUCCUGGCUGACCUCACACGCUCCCUGUCUGACCACAUCAACCUGCCGCAGGGCGUCCGCUUCAUCUUCACCAUCGACGGCUUACGCAAGAUCUCAACCUUGGAUGAGCUAGAGGAAGGGGAAAGCUAUGUUUGUGCAUCAGAGAACUUCUACAAGAAGGUCGACUACACAAAGAACGUCAACCCCAACUGGUCUGUGAAUGUUAAGGCAUCAGCAAGUCAGAAGAACAUGCAGUCCUUAGCUGCCAAGGCGGCCAACGAGCCCAAGGAAGGCAACAAGGACUUUAUUCGACCCAAACUGGUGACCGUGAUGCGCAGUGGUGUGAAGCCACGCAAAGCGGUGCGUGUUCUGCUCAAUAAGAAAACGGCGCACUCCUUUGAACAGGUUCUUACUGACAUCACAGAGGCCAUUAAACUAGAAAGUGGUGUGGUGAAGAGGAUCUACACACUCGAUGGCAAGCAGGUUACUUGCCUUCAGGAUUUCUUUGGCGAUGACGACGUCUUUAUUGCGUGUGGACCAGAGAAGUUUCGCUAUGCGCAGGACGACUUCUCUCUGGAUGAGAACGAAUGCCGGGUGAUGAAGGGACCCAAAGCUCAGCGUGGUUCAGCAAAGAGCCCCGGUCCAAUCAAACGAAGCAAGUCUCCUGCUGAAUCGACCAACGGGACGGGCUCCAGCAGCCAGCUCUCCACCCCGAUUUCUAAGCAUUCCCCCACCUCCACCCCUACCAGUCCAGGCCUCAACAGCAAGCAGAAGGACCUUUACCUGCCCUUAUCUCUGGAUGAUGAUGAUUCCCUCGGUGAAUCCAUGUAGAUGCUUCUCCUGCAGCCUGCAUCCUUUUGGCCUGAAACACAGAAGUUUUUUUUUUUUUUUACCUCUGCUGCUUUCCACCUUCACUCACAGUGCCACCUGUUGUCUAGGAGAACCACUUUUUGUCUCUCUUUAAGGCCUUAGCCACCUGGGCUAUGACACCAUUUGCUGCUUGAGAAUGGCACGAACACAAACCUUUUUUUAAUCUGUUUUCAUGGUAAAAUGUUUAACCAUAACAACAAUGAAGUUUGCGCGCCAACAUUCAGACACAUUUCUACGUGGGGGUUAACCACUGUUUCACAAACCCUUCAAUUAAAGCAGAUUUCAUGGUGUAAAAAAAGAAAAUAAAAAAUCACUUGAUCACAAACAUUUUUUUCUAAGAUUCACUCUGACUUGAUGUUUCAUUCACAAAUUCCAAGCAGCAAAUGGGAAAAAUUGUAAGGGUGUUAGUUAAAACUGGCUCAAUUUUUUGUAUCACUUGUAUUCGUGGUGUUCCUCCAUGUCCUCCUGUCCUUCUGCCCUACGGUUAAAGGUGUGAAAGUUGGUAGUUUCCUUCUCAAAGGGAAGUCCGCUAAGCCAGAUAAAGUCUUUCUAGCCCACUGUAAAUACUGUGUAUAGCUAUCUACCAUAACAUCUCUGCCCAGUGUCUGUUGCUGUUCUUCCAUAACUUCACUACAAUAUGUGUCUAAUGACAACUGCUCAUCAUAAUACAGGGUAUGGUCAAAGCAGAAGAGCCACCAAAAGUUAGUUCUGUCAGGCUUAGUGUGAGGUUGUGUGGGAUGCAGUUCUUUGAAUAUGUAUGAGAGAUUAGAACAUUUUAAGAGCCAUAAACAUUUUGACUCACAGCAUCAUGUUGGCAGUAGUUGGUGUUCAUAUUUUCAUGUUCAGAGAGAUGACGAUAACAGCCAUGUAAGAAAAAGCAUCCCACAUAUGCCGUUUGUGCUGGUGUCUUCUCUGUUUUUGCCCCAUGCAUUAACAUUAGGCCACACAUACAUACAUACAUACAUAUAUACAUGCAUACAUAGGGGGUAUGUAGAUUUCCACAAACUGCAGUGCAUGAUAUUGAUGAAUGAUUUUGAUACUUUGGGCAUGUAGGACCUAAUGGUAUAUAAAACAACCAAAGGAAAAAAAAAAUUAGGCCUUUUUUUUUUUAAAGUCAACAUGCCAUUAUUUUACAGUAGUAAUAUACUCACAAAGUUACAACUCUUCCAUUAAGAACUGUGUUUUCCCACUCCCCAUCUAUUAAACUUUAAGUGGGAUUUUUAUAGAACAGUGAGUGACAUUUAAAGAUUAAAAACAUAAAGGUGUCAAAGCCAAAGUAUGCUUUAGUCCAAGAUUUCUAGAAGAAAAGGGAAAAUAUGUAAUUUUAAAGACUGUAAAAUGCUCUGGAGGAAGCACACUUGGAGAUUUAUGCAUGUUCCUUUCCACUUAAAUCAUGCUUAUCUGAGGCAGUUAGUUUUAGCAGGGUGCUGAACAGUAGUGGGAUUCCUCAUAUUUUGCAUGGCUCAGCAUAGCUCUCAGAUACAGGGGAGAUGAAAACAUGUCUAAAUCUGUGUGGGUUUUGAAAUUUUAUAAAAUGUAUUAAUUUAUAUCAAGGGUACUUGUUUGGGAUUUUUUUCUCUAGUUUUUUUUUUCACUUGCUCACAUGAGCUACAGACACUAGUACUAUUUUCAAGCCUCUGUGUGCAGCUUUUUAUCACCAUUUUCUUUCCUUUUUUUUUUCUAUAUUUACAACCUAAAUCGCAUAUCUUGCGGAUCUACUGUAAAGAGAUUUCUCAGAUUUUGCAGGGAAUUGAUCCUGAGAACCUCUGAAUUGGACGACACUGAAGCACAAAGCAGGGAAUUAUUAUUAUACAUUACAGCAACGAGACACUUUACCGUCUACUUGCCAGCAUUGCAAUGCGUGACCACAAUUAUUAAUAAAAAUAAAUAAAUAAAUAAUGCUGCACGUGUAGCAUCUUUUAGAUUAAAUCUAUGCAUUGGAAAUUAAGAAUAGUUCAAAUCCAUUUUUCUUUUGUGUGGGGAAUGGCCUUUUGUACCCAAUAAUAAGAAAUGAGCUUAAACUGAAAUUUCCUUGCAGUUCUUUCAUUGCGAUGAUGUAAUGGUCUGAAAGUUGUGUGUCUUGUGCCUGCCCUCUGGUUAAGCUUCAGAAAGCUGUUUUACUGUGUACUCAAUACAAUCCACUUUAUCAAUCUGGUGCUGUAAGUUACACCUUUCUCCUGCAGGGAGCGCUGUCACACCAGCACAACUGCUAAUCCAACAGCAGGGACCCCUCACUUUACCCACCAUUUUGUACAAAAGCCUCAUUUGUUGUCAUUUUUCCAAAACCGUCAGUUCUCUGUAAUCUUACCUGAUAAUAAUGUUCUUGUUUCCUGAUUAUUUUCUUCAGAUAAUACAACUCUACAGCUUUUAAAACAUUAACAGAAAACCUUGGUUGUCUCGUGUAAAACCGGCUGCCACCAUGUCAGAUGGAUGGUGUGAAUUCAUCACCUACAGUGGUGCCUUUUUUUUAGAUUACUGUCUUUUGAUAAGAAUACUAAAUGGGACAUAUAAAGGCUUGUUCUUUGUUAACCGCUCUUUGUAAAACAUUUAUAACGUCUUGAAUGAGGAGGCCUCUCGACACAUUUUGUUUGGUAGAGUUACAGGACACUUUCUCAUGGUGUAAAUAUGCUCCCCUCCUGUUCUCUUUCAUACCUACGCCUUUCUGACUGAAUGAAUGAUCUUUUUUUCUUGGAAAUUUACAAUGUCCUUUUUAGUGGUAUUUUGCAAUGUCACAGUGGCUUGUUUCAGUGCUUCAUUCAAUGUAUUAACCGGUAUCCUUUUGCAAUUAAAACAGUUGUAUUUCA